AUAAGUCUUAUCCCUUCGCGUUAAACAUCAGUAUUUGGGGAGCUCUAGGCAAAAUUUGACAAUCAAAAUUCUCUGUUUGGAAAAAAUGCAUAUUUUAAUAUAAUGGGUAUAGACUUAGAGUACAUCUGCUGCAAUCCAGCAUCUAGUUCCUCAAGUUCAACGAAAAUAUUCUGCGAUAUAGAAAAUCCGUGUAGCCCAUGCAAAUGUAAUCGGUGCUGUAAAUCAAACUUUCUAAACGAUCAUACCUAUGCAAUACUUAAGAGAAUAUGCCAUAAAAUAGUCAAAAACUACAGUCGACAGAGGUGUCGGGAACAGUACUCAGUAUUUGAUGGAGGAAAUAGCACAAACUUAAAGCAACUCAUCGAAGAACAAAGAGAUGCCUAUCAGCAAUACGGGGAUGGCAGGAACAAGUACACAGACGCUUACGAAAGGUGUCGAAAAACUCGAGGGCGCGGUGAUAGGGAUGGUGACGAUUACGGAGAUGGCUCUAAAAGAAAUCAGAAGUUCAAAGGUCGAGGUGGUGUAGACGGCGAUGGGGCGGAUGGAUCUCGAAGAGGUAAGGGCCGCGAUUACGACGAUGACACUGAGGAAUCGAAAAAAUCUAGAAGAAGAGGUCUAGAUGACGACGAAGACGACGGAGAUUCUCAGAAAAAGAAGAAGGGCAAAGGUCGUGGGGGUGUUGAUGACGACGAUGAAGACGGAUCCAAAGGCAAGAAGGGUAAAAAGGGUAAGGGUAAGGAUGACGACGAAGAUGGUGAGGGUGGCAAAAAGGGAGGAAAAGGCAAGGGCAAAGGUAAAGGAAAGGAUGACGACGAAGAUGGUGAGGGUGGCAAAAAGGGGGGGAAAGGCAAGGGCAAAGGUAAAGGAAAGGAUGACGACGAAGAUGCUGAGGGUGGCAAAAAGGGAGGGAAAGGCAAGGGCAAAGGUAAAGGAAAGGAUGACGACGAGGACGACGAGGGCGGAAAAGGCAAGGGAAAGGGUAAGGGAAAAGGAAAAGAUGGGGAUGAGGAUGGAGAGGGUGGAAAGAAAGGAGGGAAGGGAAAAGGAGGUAAGGAUGGAGACGAUGAUGCCGAUGGAUCCAAGAAAGGUGCAAAGGGCAAAGGUGGCAAAGAUGGAAAAGAUGGCGGGGAUGCAGAUGCUGCAGCCAAGAAAGCUGGAAAGGGCAAAGGCGAAGACGCAGACGCAGAAGCCGCAGCCAAAAAGGCUGGAAAGGGCAAAGAUGCAGAUGCAGAAGCCGGUGCCAAAAAGGCUGGAAAGGGCAAAGACACAGACGCAGAAGCCGCAGCCAAAAAGGCUGGAAAGGGCAAGGGCGACGACGCAGACGCAGCAGCCAAAGGCAAGGAUGACCCCAAUAAGAAGGGUAAAGAGGACCCCAAAGCGAAAGCCGAAAAGGAUGCGGCGGCUGCUAAGGCCAAAGCCGAAAAGGAAGCUGCUGUGGCCGCUGCUAAAGCCAAGGCCGCUGCUGAUAAGGAAGCCGCUGCGGCGGCUGCUAAAGCCAAAGCCGCUGCAGGAAGAGAAUCGAAAGCUGCAAGAAGAGACUCGAAAGCUAAGGGAAGAGACUCAAAAGCCAAGGGAAGAGACUCAAAAUCGAAGGCCAAAAGGGGUGAAGGAGACGGUAAGAAGAAGAGAGACUCUUCCGGAAGAAAAAGUAAAUUUGGCACAGGACGUGGUUCCCGUGAUCGAGGUAGCCAAGGACGAGGGGAUGGCACAAGGGGGAAGGAUGGAUAUGGCCAAUAUGAUGGCAAGUCUCUGGGACGAUACGGCGAAAAACAGGAUCAAUUGGGAUGUCGUGUCGUCCAUACCUGCGACAUCAUGCGUGUCCAGUUGGAGCAGAAGGAUAUGAACAGACUAUGCUUUUGUCCUUGCGACAACCGACCUUUGUGCAGCCCUUGCAUGCCUUGCUUACCUUAUCAAUCAUGUUGCCCACCCUGCAUGAUGUAGGACAUUUUUUAUCCAUGGCGUCUUUAGGAAGUAGACGAAUCCCAAACAAUAGCUAUGCCAAAAACUGGUACGACUGUGUGUUAAGGAGAUCAGACGCUUCAUUCAUGUAUACACUUCAUGUGGACUUUUAUUAUCUGUUAAAAUCCAAUGUGCAUUAAAUAAAUACAUCAUAUUCGGUUAAAAACAAUGUUUGAAUUA